UGGGUGUUGCGCUUGCUUCAUCGCUACCCCAACGACCUUAUUACUGUCUGGUGUGCGCCUGUGGAAAAGCAGCUUCACGAAGCUGCCUCCUAUAGUUUCUUUCGCUCAUAUUUUAAAAUGUUACACAGUACAAUCAAGCAACAUACGAUAGGGAUAGAGAACACGUAUAAUAUAGAUAAGAAAAGCUUUAUAAUUAGAGUGAUGUGA